AUUGAUGUGUUUGUAAUUCAGUGCCUGACUGAACUCCAGUUUUCUCUUCUCCAAGUGGAGAAACAGGAAGCACGACAUCCCAUCAGGAAGAACCUGAGGUGCCAUCCAUAGCUUCGUCUCACGUCACUGCCUCAGUCAGAAAUCUUGACUUGCAACUUUAGAGGGUGGGUCUCUGAGAGAAUUUCAGAGCUUACGCUGAGAUGAGGCGUGUUUCUCUUUGAUGAGAACGAAGCUGACUGGGACGCUGGAAAUCUUCUGCUCUUUACAAGGAAGGGUCAUCUUUGUGGAUUGAAGUUUCAGAAAGCGAAUGAGAAGACAACUUCACUGCUGUUUUGCACAUGGAGAGAAUGUUCCAGACAUUUAAAGAAUGGUUCUGGUUGGAAAGAUUCUGGCUUCCUCCAACAAUAAAAUGGUCAGAUCUCGAAGAUCAUGAUGGACUUGUCUUUGUAAAGCCUUCUCAUUUAUAUAUAACAAUUCCAUAUGCUUUUCUCUUGCUGAUUAUCAGACAUUUAUUUGAAAAAUUCAUUGCUUUACCUCUAGCAAAAACAUUCGGCAUUAAAAGUACAGGGCAAAAGAUCAUACCAAAUACUGUCUUAGAGAAUUUUUUCAAACAUUCCACAAGGCGACCAUCUCAAACUGAUAUUUAUGGACUGGCAAAGAAGUGUAACCUGACGGAGCGCCAGGUUGAAAGAUGGUUCAGGAGUCGGCGGAAUCAACAGAGGCCUUGUAGGCUAAAGAAAUUCCAGGAAGCUUGCUGGCGAUUUACGUUUUAUUUAAUGAUGACUGUUGCUGGAAUUGCAUUUCUUUAUGAUAAACCUUGGGUAUAUGACUUAUGGGAGGUUUGGAACGGAUAUCCAAAACAGCCCCUGCUGCCGUCCCAAUACUGGUACUACAUCUUAGAAAUGAGUUUUUAUUGGUCUCUGUUGUUCAGUCUUGGCUCUGAUGCAAAGAGGAAGGAUUUUCUAGCUCAUGUCAUCCACCACCUGGCUGCUAUUAGUUUGAUGAGCUUCUCUUGGUGUGCUAAUUAUAUUCGCAGUGGGACCCUUGUGAUGGUUGUACACGAUGUGGCUGACAUUUGGCUGGAGUCUGCUAAGAUGUUUUCUUAUGCCGGAUGGAGGCAAACUUGCAACGCCCUGUUUUUCAUCUUCUCCAUCUUAUUUUUCAUCAGCCGCCUCAUUAUUUUUCCCUUCUGGAUUUUGUACUGCACGCUCAUCCUGCCUUUGCAUUACCUCGAGCCUUUCUUUUCAUAUAUCUUCCUCAACCUACAACUCAUGAUCUUGCAGAUCCUCCAUCUUUACUGGGGUUAUUUCAUCGCGAAGAUGCUCAAAAGAUGUAUAUUCACACAGGAAAUCCAAGAUGUGAGGAGUGAUGGCGAGGAUGAGUAUGAAGAGGAUGAAGAAGAGGGGGAGGAAGAAGAGGCUACCAAAAGCAAAGAGAUAGACUGUUUGAAGAAUGGCUUGGGGGCUGACAGGCACCUCAUUCCCAAUGGUCAACACGGUCGUUAGCUUGAACCCAUGGAACUCCCCUGGCACAGCGAGCUGCAAGGACUGUUGGAAGCCUGGAAUGCUCCCUCAUUCAUUGCUGAGGCAAUGAGAAAACCCACAGAGACCCCAGACCCCAUAUUCUUCCCUUCCUCUUUUUAAAGCCCCACCUUCCCUCCUACCUAAGAUGUGUUUAAAAAAACUAUUAUUAACUUGUGUUGAAUUGUUAAAUAUAAGCAUGCCCAUGAUUUUAUUGCAGUUAGGACUCAAACUGGUCAUAGAUUUCAAAGAUUUCUCCAGAUAACCGUUUCAGUUCUAAUUGCAUUCCUUCAUGCAUUUGACUUUUUCAGGUGCUCACUUUAUUGUAGGCCUUUCCAUCAUCACCUUGCCUAUCCUCAGGAUGGUUUCACAAGUGCUAAGUAAAUACACUUUUUCAAGGUGUGUUUGGCCAUAAAGAACAGCUCGUUUCCCAAAAAUGAGUUAGAAGUGGCAAUGGACAGAGACAGAAGGACAAAACCAGAAGAAAGGCUUCCAUGGUUCCGGGGCCACUUCCUACCUAAGUAACCUUAGGUGCAUAUCUCUACAAUGCAAAUGGUCAUACAUGUCUUGCCAACUCAUGGGGUUGAAGUAAGGAUCAGAUGAGAUAGUGGAAGUGACAGCAAAUAUUGCCCACUGGGUGGUGUCAACUGACCCUCUUUGCACUCCUUCCAACUCUAUUUGGGAGGGAAGCCUGGCUAACCUUGGCAUUGAAUGGGCCUGAAUAAAAGGUGCAAUCUUAAAAAAAAAUCCCUCUCAAAUGUGCCUAGAGAUACUUGAAAAUGAAAAUACCAAGAAAGCUAUUUCCAUUUUAUUUGAUAGCUUUUUAUUAAUAUUUGUUAGUUCUGCAAAAAUAAUUCUCAGAUUUUCCUGGGGAGAAUUCUCCCGCAGGUCCCAUGGCCAACAGAAGGGAGUUUGGGCCCUGUUCCUUCAUGUCCUUUGCUGUCUUUCCCUAAGAGGGAGGCUUCCUGCUGCUUCUCUGGCGCCUCCUUCAGGCCACCAGAGCUACCCAGCACACUCUAAAGGUCUCUCGGGGCCUCUCUGGGGAUAAGCCUCAAGUCAGUUUGCUCACUGAGCCAUAUCACCCAGGAAGCUGAGCCUCCAGGGAGGACACAUAUGCCAACUGUCUGACCUGAAUGAAAACUUAGAAACAGAAAAAGGAACCUACAUGGCUUCAUCUCCUAUCCAAUCCAAUCAGACGGCAUAACAGUAAAACAGCAUAAUGCAAAAGGCUGAAAAAUACCUCUGAGAAAUGUCCCAGGACAGAUGCUAGAAUCAGUGACAUCUCUCUGGGAGGAUGGAUAGGGGCCAGUAGGUCAGUAGCCAGCUCUCCCUCAUCCUCCAGGAAUAAAUCUCCAUCUGCUGUGCAGCCUCAUCGUUGUAGGGAAUGCGUUCUCUGAGCACAGUGUGCAGGACCGACCUUGGAGACUUCUCAGGUGCCCACUGACUGAGGAGAGGCUGAGCCUUCCAAAGGAAGAGCUUAAGCAGACCGUGUACCUCCCUCACCCCUGCCCCAUCUCUCAUGUUUUGAGAUCACAUUUCGUGUCUUUAUCCUAUUUUGCUCAAAUUAUAAAGCCACAUGGGAGGUGAGAGUAAGGGGACUGGAAAGCCAGCUCCCCGUAGUGCAGACUACAGAGCCCCUUCCCUGCACACAGAAAAGAGGCCUCAGUGCUUUGCUUUUUGAUAAAAAUAUGUUUUUAAAACCUUCAAACUAAACAAAAGCAAACACACAAAAACUCUUUAGAAUCUUUCCCAAACAAAAUCUCUUUUUGAGAAAUUAUUAGAAGAAAAACAAGUGUUGAAUUUUCUCUGCAUAAUUUUUGCUUUUGUGAAUACAGUAACAUAUGCCUUUAUGUAUAACAUGAUAUUAUAAAUCUAAAAUGCUCCACUAUACAGCAUAGUUGUUCAUUUAUUCAUGUUAUAUUAUUAUUAUUUUGGUGGAAGAAGAUAUUACUUUUUAUGUUUCCAGUUAACAGAUUGUUUUUUCCUUGAUUUAUUUUAGUCUUUCGCUAUAACAAAUAUUUUCCUGCUUAAGGUAAAAAAAAAUAUUUGUUUAAUUCUCCAUUGUCCAGGUUUUUUUUUUUUUUCUCAUUUGAAUGUUAAAGGUAAAGGUGCUAUACCAAUCUUAAAUAUCUCUUAUACAGCUGAAAACACUAUCGUAAGAGGUAGAUACACAUUUUUGUAUCAUCCUUUAGGGCUUUUGUGGUUAAUUUUAAAGGUAUCCUCUUUUUAUACAGGAAACAAGGACUCAGGACUAUGCCAGACAACUUUACAAAAAUGCAUUCUGCAGUGCCAUCAAUAUUGUAAUGGCAAAUGACUUACAAUAAAACAAAAAGUAAAAGUGUG